AUGGCGCCCGUCGCCGUGAGCGUGGGCGCACAAAUCGCGCGCGCGGACCGCGGACGCGGCGCGCGGCGAAACGGAGGUCCGACGGCGCGCCGGGCGAGGAUUUUCGAAGGAUUUUCCAACUGGAGCAAUUUCGAAAUCUUCGACUCGAACCGCCGUCGCGUCGCGCGCGCGUCGCAGGCGAGCGAUAAAACGCCCUCGCAGGUGUCCAUGGAUGCGAUUUGGGCCGAGGCGCACCCGAAGUAUUUACACUCGAGCGCGAGCGCGGAGGCGUUUUGCGACGAGCUCGACACGGCGGACGACGAGCAACGAAGACGCGAGCGAGAGACGCGCGCGAGCGGUGCGAGCGCUUCGAGCGCGAGCGGCUCGGAAGAUGUGACGGCGGAUUACGUGUGGUUGGCGAUUCGCGAAGAGGCGCGAAGGGACGCGGCGAAGGAACCGAUGUUGUCGAGUUAUCUGUACGCGUCGGUUUUAGCGCACGACUCGCUCGAGCAGAGUCUUUCCUUUGUCUUGGCGAAUAGGUUGGCGGAUAGCGUGUUACUUCCGACGCAAUUGAUGGAGAUUUUCAAUUCCGUUUUGGUCGAGGAUGAGAGCGAAGAUGGGAGGCUUUUGCGCGAAGCGCUUCGCGCGGAUAUCGCCGCUUUUAAGGAGCGCGACCCGGCGUGCGUGGGGUACGCGCACGCGCUGUUGAACUUUAAAGGGUUCCACGCGCUCGAGGCGCAUCGCAUUCAGCACGUGAUGUGGCGUCGUGGACAGAAAUUGAUGGCACUCGCGUUGCAGAGUAGGAUAUCGGCGAUAUUUUCGUUGGACAUUCACCCCGCGGCGAGGUUAGGAAAGGGGAUCCUCAUCGAUCACGGCACCGGCGUCGUCAUCGGCGAGACGUGCGUGAUCGGGGACUCAGUGAGCAUCUUACAAGGGGUGACCUUGGGUGGGACCGGGAAGGCGAGCGGUGAUCGCCACCCCAAGAUUGAGUCACACGUCUUGAUCGGCGCGCACAGCACGGUGCUCGGGAACAUCAAGGUCGAGCGCGGGUCGAUGAUUAGCGCCGGGAGCCUGGUGUUGAAACCGGUGGCCCCGCACACGAUCGUCGCGGGAUCUCCCGCCAAUGUCGUCGGCAAGGUUCGCGAUACCAAGCCCUCGCUUGCGAUGGAUCAUCACAUCACCCCACGAGCGCCGACGUUUUGCGACGAUUUAGAGCAAGCGGUGCGGCGCCAAGUGGACGAGGAGCGCGAGCGAUGGAAGGGUCACGAUGCGCAAAAAAUUCGAUCGCACGUUGUCUCCGCGGAUGAAAAGCGACGUCGUCGACGCGGAUGA